AUGGCCAUCUUCGACUCCGAAAAACGCCCCCGUGGUCUGCGCGUCCCAUCCCUCACGGCUAUGAAAGCCGGGACUGCCGCCUCAGUAUCACAAUUUUCUUUCCACCGAACAAAGUCCAACGAAGCGCAAACUCCGGAAGAGAAACCUGCUCCUCCUCUGCCUGUGCAAGUGCCAGUACCCUCUUCCACUGGCUUCCCUGCGCCUGCACCUGCUCCUCCUCCAUCAAAGCAACUGCCAACACCCCCUCAGGGCAAUUCCGGUCCUAAGAAGGAGCUCCCGCCGCGGCCGCGCAUCACUUCCAAAGUUCCUCCGCGCCGAGCUGUCGGAAGCACCAAAGGUCGUCCUAGUGAGACUUCUCCUACCUCUGCCACAUCUCAGGGUCAAGGUCAAGGUCAAGGAAUUCGACAGGCUUCGUCUUCUAUCACUCCAUCUUCCCCGCCAAAUAAAGAUCAGCCAUUGCCGCCGACCCCGUCUCUAGGUCUGCGCCAAGCUGCUCCUACUACCACUCCAGCUCCGACUUCACCUCAACCAGAGCAGGAAGCUGCGUCGCCUGCUACUAUUAAGGCUCCCAAUCAGGGUCUACGACACGCGGAGCCCUCUUUUUCUUCUUCUACUGCCACACCUACCUCGCCUCAGCUGUCCAAGCCGCAGCCUGCACCAGUACAAGUACAGCAAGUACAGCAACCACUCCCACCAACUCCCCCAGUCGGACCCCAAAGUACAGGGUCUCCAGAACCGACAGCUCCAGCUACAGCUCCAACUGCAUCCCGAUCUCUCCCCACACAAUCCCACCAACCACCAAUCCAGCAAAACCUCCCACCAACCCCACCACCCGUCACCCUCUCCCCACCCCCAACAAACGCAAACGCAGAAGCAGACGAAGAAUCCGACGCCCUAACACCACUGGAAGACUUCAUUCCAACCCCAGAUGGCGCCAGCACCCCACUAGACCUAGAACAAAUGUCCAGCAACGAAGCAGCAGGCCCGCCCGCGGCUUCAGGCCCGGCGCAGCCACCCUCUUUGAACGAUAUCGUCGAUAUCCCAGCCCCACCACUAAAUAAAGUCCACUACGCCUGUUUCCAAGACCAUCGGAAUAUGCCGAUUGCGCAGAAUGUAUGGUGUCCUGUUCCGUGUAUGACGUGUCAUAAGAAGGAUCAGGAGAUUCGGCAUCGGUGUGUGUUUUGUUCGUUACGGGUUUGUGGGGGGUGCUUUCGCGAGUUGCAGAAGGUUAAACGGAGGGAUUUGGGUGUGUUUUUGAAGACGGUUGAUGUGGAGAAAUGA